CGAGGCCAAUUGGAACCUCAAAAUCGUAUUUCAAUGAUUUCCCCUUCGGUGGUUCCCAUCUCAACGACCUCCAGAGAAAGAUUUUGCUGUUUCUUUGUUGUUACCUCUCUUCUGUCUACCCUCUAGAAUCUGUAUCAUAUUUAACUCAAUUCUCCCAGAAUCCCAAGCCCCUCAACUGCGCCUGUUUCUCUUCAUCUCCUCAACCUGGUCACACCCAGUUUUCACCGAAACGGUCCCAGCUUCCUGAGCCAGUGAAGUCUUGUUGUUAGUUCUGUUUGCGCCAAUUUAUCAAAUAAUACAAUGUCUUCUAUAGGAUCACUGCCUUUUAUUAUUGAAACAACCAAAGCAGAAAGUCCUGUUCUUCUCUCUCGCAAAAACAAAAAUCGAGACAAGUUUUCUUUUUUCACGUGCAGAACAAAAAAGUCUCAUAAUUUAGCUGUUUUUAAUUAUGGGUUUUCUCCGAAAUCUAAGCCUGUGAGAGCUACAGUUGAGGAAGGUGCGAGUGGUGAUGAAUCAGAAGAUGCACUGCAAGCCAGCAUUGAAAAGAGCAAGAAGGUUCUUGCUAUGCAAAGAGACCUACUUCAGCAGAUUGCUGAGAGAAGAAAAAUGGUUUCUUCUAUAAAAAGUAGUAUCAUUGACUCAGAAGUAGAUGAAGUUCCUUCUGAGCAGAGCGAGGACUCUUCUCCAAAUCAGGACCAUACUUCAAGUAGUGGUCAGGGUGUUCAUGAAAAACAGAAUGGCAGCAUUCUUUGGAAAAACUACAUCCACUCAACUGCAGAUGAGGUACCAGAAACUUCAUCUUUAGAUAUUAGUAAAGGUUAUGAUGACGAUAAAAGGGAACUUGAGCAGGAACUACCUCCUAAAAAGGCUUCUUCUCAUGAGGAUUCUUCCAAACAGUUGAGAGUCACUGGUUCAGAGAAAGUUUGGUCAGACAAGCUGCCUUCUUUUCUUUCAAAUACCUCAGAAAUAUCAACUACUAAUGAAAAACAAGAAAAUGUCAAUGACCCUAUAUUGCCAGAGAUUAAUAACAUCGAAAAUGAUCCUGCAACUGAAGACAUUUUACCCCCUCCAUUAGCUGGUGCAAAUGUCAUGAAUGUUAUUGUGGUGGCUGCAGAAUGUGCUCCAUGGUCUAAAACAGGUGGGCUUGGAGAUGUUGCUGGGUCUUUACCAAAGGCUUUGGCUCGGCGUGGACACAGGGUUAUGGUUGUGGCUCCUCGGUAUGGCAACUAUGCGGAACCUCACGAUAUUGGAGUUCGAAAAAGAUAUAAGGUGGAUGGUCAGGACAUAGAAGUAACAUUCUUCCAAACCUACAUUGAUGGUGUGGAUUUUGUUUUCAUUGAUUCUCAUGUAUUUUGCCAUAUAGAGGGUAAUAUAUAUGGAGGAAGCCGAUUGGACAUUUUAAAGCGCAUGGCGUUAUUUUGCAAAGCAGCUGUUGAGGUUCCUUGGCAUGUUCCAUGUGGAGGUAUCUGCUAUGGAGAUGGAAAUUUAGUUUUCAUUGCAAAUGAUUGGCAUACUGCUUUGUUGCCAGUGUAUCUGAAGGCAUAUUAUCGGGACAAUGGUUUAAUGAAAUUUACAAGAUCCAUACUUGUAAUUCAUAAUAUAGCACACCAGGGUCGUGGACCAGUGGAUGAUUUCUUCCAUGUGGAUCUGCCAGAGCACUACAUUGACCUUUUCAAAUUGCAUGAUCCUGUUGGUGGUGAACACUUCAAUAUCUUUGCAGCUGGUCUGAAGGCAGCGGACCGUGUGGUUACUGUCAGUCAUGGAUAUUCCUGGGAGCUUAAAACUUCUGAAGGUGGUUGGGGUCUGCACAACAUCAUAAAGGAAAAUGAUUGGAAAUUUAGUGGCAUUGUGAAUGGCAUUGAUACAAAAGAAUGGAACCCACUGUUUGAUGUUCACCUGACCUCAGAUGGUUACACCAACUACUCCCUGGAAACACUGCACACUGGCAAGCCUCAAUGCAAGGCUGCCUUACAGAAGGAGCUUGGUUUGCCUGUUCGUCCGGAUGUCCCUAUGAUUGGUUUCAUUGGAAGGCUUGAUCAACAGAAAGGAGUUGAUCUCAUAGCUGAGGCAGUUCCGUGGAUGUUGGGCCAGGACGUGCAACUAGUCAUGUUGGGCACUGGCAGACAAGACCUGGAACAGAUGCUUAGGCAGUUUGAAAAUCAACACCAUGACAAAAUCAGGGGAUGGGUUGGUUUUUCUGUAAAGAUGGCUCACAGGAUAACUGCUGGUUCAGAUGUUUUGCUCAUGCCAUCACGAUUUGAGCCUUGUGGGCUGAACCAACUAUAUGCUAUGAUGUACGGAACAAUUCCAGUCGUCCAUGCUGUUGGGGGACUAAGGGAUACCGUGCAACCUUUUGAUCCGUUCAAUGAAUCCGGGCUUGGGUGGACAUUUGAUGGUGCUGAAGCAAAUAAAUUGAUACAUGCACUAGGGAACUGCUUAUUUACUUACCGAGAGUACAAGAAAAGUUGGGAGGGACUCCAAAGACGAGGGAUGACUCAAGAUCUCAGCUGGGAUCAUGCAGCUGAGAAAUACGAGGAAGUACUCGUUGCUGCCAAGUACCAGUGGUGAGUGUCUGUCACUGUGGCCCAGCCAUUUUGCUGAGAUCAGGGCAGGCAGUUCAGUUGACCUUCCAUGUACUACUACAUAGUUCCCUUGUAAUUAUCCAUGUCAUGAGUUGGGUUUUCCUUUUCCUUGUAAAAUAGGAUUUGAUAUUAAAAACCAAUUAUUUCCUAUUUCAAAUUUUCAAAUGUAACCAGGUAACUAUGUUAUUGUAAUAAUAUAAAAGUCCUUGAAGCAAGAAAUAAACAAAAAUAACAAGAUGUAGUGUGCAUUUGCAUCUUUAUUUCUUGUUCUUAA